UUUAUGGCUAAUUUCAAGUUUGUUCCUUUCCUCAUGGCAAAUUAUUAAGAGGUGACGUUUGUCGUCUUCGUUUCUGUUUUAAGGAAAAUUAGAGGACAGAUUUUAGCAAAAUGUCCAAGCGAAAAGGAAUGGAGGAGUCUGACAAACUCACUCGUAUAGCCAUUGUCAAUGCAGAUAAAUGCAAACCGAAAAGAUGUCGGCAGGAAUGCAAGAAAUCCUGCCCGGUAGUUCGGCUUGGAAAACUUUGCAUUGAAGUUGUCCCAAACAGUAAAAUCGCUACUAUAUCUGAAGAAUUGUGCAUUGGUUGUGGUAUAUGUGUUAAGAAAUGUCCAUUUGAAGCCAUUGCUAUUAUAAAUUUACCAAGUAAUUUGCAAAAAGAAACUACUCAUAGAUAUGGUAAGAAUUCUUUCAAGCUUCAUAGGUUACCUAUACCUCGUCCUGGUGAGGUACUUGGGCUUGUAGGCACUAAUGGUAUUGGCAAAUCUACUGCUCUGAAGAUUCUUGCUGGAAAACAAAAGCCCAAUUUAGGAAGAUAUAUGGAUCCCCCUGAUUGGACAGAAAUUUUAAGCCAUUUCAGAGGUAGUGAAUUACAAAAUUAUUUCACCAAGAUUCUAGAGGAUGAUUUGAAGGCUCUAAUAAAGCCUCAAUAUGUUGAUCAAAUUCCCAAAGCAGUUAAAGGUACCGUGGGUCAACUUCUAGACAGAAAAAAUGAACUAGACAAUAUGAAUCAAAUUUGUGGGAUGUUAGAUCUACUGCACAUAAAAGAACGUGAAAUCGCUGCACUAUCUGGAGGAGAACUUCAAAGAUUUGCCUGUGCCAUGGUAUGUAUCCAAAAUGGAGACAUAUUCAUGUUUGAUGAGCCUUCAUCCUAUCUAGACGUCAAACAACGUUUGAAUGCUGCCAGAACUAUCAGAUCACUACUACAUCCUAGCAAAUUCAUUAUUGUGGUGGAGCAUGACUUGAGUGUUCUUGACUAUCUCUCUGAUUUCAUUUGCUGUCUUUAUGGAGUGCCUGGUGCUUAUGGUGUAGUAACUAUGCCUUUCUCUGUCCGUGAAGGUAUCAACAUUUUCUUGGACGGUUUUGUGCCAACAGAAAAUCUCCGUUUCCGAGAUGAAUCUUUAGUUUUUAAAGUAGCAGAGUCAGCUACAGAGGAAGAAAUCAAACGUAUGAACCAUUACGAGUACCCAACUAUGACAAAAACGAUGGGUAGUUUUGAGUUGAAGGUUUGUCAGGGACAGUUUUCUGAUUCUGAAAUUUUGGUGCUCUUGGGCGAGAAUGGUACUGGAAAGACUACUUUUAUUAGAAUGUUGGCUGGCAAUUUGGAGCCUGAUACUGGAUCAGGUGAUUUACCCCAGCUUCAUAUAAGUUAUAAGCCUCAAAAGAUCAGUCCUAAAUCUACAGGAUUGGUGAGACAGUUGCUUCAUGAGAAGAUUAGGGAUGCCUAUAUUCAUCCACAGUUUAUAGCAGAUGUAAUGAAGCCUUUGAAGAUAGAAGACAUCAUCGAUCAGGAAGUACAGAAUUUAUCUGGAGGAGAAUUGCAGAGAGUUGCAAUGACACUUUGUCUUGGAAAACCCGCCGAUGUGUACCUUGUUGAUGAACCUAGUGCCUAUUUGGAUUCUGAACAACGUUUAGUAGCAGCUAAGGUCAUAAAACGGUUUAUACUCCACGCUAAGAAGACCGGUUUCGUAGUAGAGCACGAUUUCAUAAUGGCAACCUACUUGGCCGAUCGUGUCAUCGUAUUCGAAGGGUCUCCCUCGGUGAAGACAACUGCGCAUGCCCCUCAAACGUUGUUGGCUGGCAUGAACCGAUUUUUGGAACUACUGGGCAUCACUUUCAGACGCGAUCCCAACAAUUUCCGGCCUAGGAUCAACAAGCUGGAGUCGGUGAAGGACGUGGAGCAGAAGAGAGCCGGGCAGUAUUUCUUCUUGGAGGAUUAAUUCGUUUGUUUCGUAUCCAGUUAGACAGGAAAACGUUCGUUAUAAUUAUUAAUUGUACGUGUCAAUAAUCGAUUGCUGGCAAAGGAUAUUGAGCUCUUUUUACUACUUUAUAAAUUGUAUCCCUUGAGUAUAAUUAAAACAACCAUUUUUCAC